CGCAUGAGUAGUAAUGGGACCGUCAUGAACACGGCCAGCCCAAAGAAAAAAAGAUCCAAAAAGGCUUUAGAGAAAAAGCAUAAAGACCCUUUACCAAUCAAAUUGACAAAUGAAUCAGUCACUUGGACUCAAUACGUUGUGAAUGCACUUUAUAACUUGAUCGGCUGGUACCACACCAACGAUCGACAGUUUAAUGGAGAAUAUCUACGCGAAGGCGGCUGCAUACGCAUCACAGAUAAUUUAGAUAUUCAGGAAUUGUAUUGUAAAGGUUUCUUUGGCAAAGGGAACCUUUCUCGAAGUGAACCAACGUGGUCUCAGCGCAUAGCCGCGGAAGGCAGCGAUGCCAAACAAUUUCUCGAAAAUAUCACCGAAGCUAGGAGAAAACAAAGAAGAGCUACGCGUAUGUCAAAGCUGAAUACCCCACCCCUUACCAGUUCACCAUCGCAAGCAUCACAGAGUGAAGAUUGUAACAACAAUGAAGUGCGGAACAAUUAUUAUGAAAUCCUUGAUACGGUUUCAGAAGAACACCUCCAGUUAUCAUUAGUAGAAGGCUUCUUUCUUGCCUAUGGACUAGGAUGCCUUGAAAUUAUGAAUAGCGAGAAGCAACCACUCUCAAUCAUUGAAUGUUGGAAACUGUUUUGCAACGACACCCUCAAAAAUAGAUCGGAGGAUGCGGAAGUCGUCAGUAGCAUGCCUCUUGCGCAGACGCUACAGUCACCAAUGGAAUACAUUGGAUACGAUAAUCCUUUCAUUGUCAAAUACGUCGCGUACCAUCAUUACAGAAGUAAAGCUUGGGUUGUAAAGGAUGGCAUAAAAUUUGGAACUGAUUACAUUAUAUACCAGCGUGGACCGGCUUUUCAUCAUGGAGAAUUUGCCAUCAUUAUAAUACCAUCAUAUCAUGAAACAAGCAAUAAGCAAGAAAAUUUAUCAUGGAGCUGGAUUCUAGGUAUGAACAGAGUCUGUUCACAAGCGAACAAGACGCUGGUUCUAUGUUAUGUCAAUUUACCUCCUCAAACAACUGUCCACUGCCUCUCUCCUGAAUGCUUAACUCAAUAUUCCGUCACUGAAAUGGCUAUGAAGCGAUGGAUACCAGAAAAGACAAGGAGCUAAAUAUCAUCUAGAUCAGAUCGUUGAUUUCAGAUCGAAAGUACGAUUGUCUAUAUAUUGGGACAGUGAGAUUUGAGCCGGCUCAAAUAGUCGCCGUUUUAGGUUGUAAUUAAAGAAAACAUGAAUAAGCGUGUUGUUUUCAUCGCAUCUGACCGCCAAUUUAGCUUCGCUCUUUUACUUCAAUUAAUAUUUCAAAGAGAGCAUAUAUAACAUGUGUAUUAGGUCGACAGCAAGUCGUCCAAUUCUGUCGGUAAGACUGGCACCUACCGGCUACAAGGGAAGCUGCCUGAGUUGCAAAAUGGACGAAAAG